CCGUCCAUUUGGAACGCGGUGUGAUUAGGUUGGGGGGGCGGCGGCGGCAGCGGCAGCGCUGGGUGGGGAGGUGCCUGGUGACAGAGCUCUAAUUGCGAAGACCGGGCUGGUUGGCGUUGAUUUUGCCCCAUCAUGACUGACCAAGCUCUCAGUUUCCUUAAGGACUUUUUGGCCGGUGGCAUUGCUGCUGCCAUUUCCAAGACGGCUGUAGCGCCCAUUGAAAGAGUGAAAUUGUUGCUGCAGGUCCAGCAUGCCAGUCAACAGAUCACAGCUGAUAAGCAGUACAAGGGGAUCAUGGACUGUGUGGUUAGGAUUCCCAAAGAGCAGGGCAUCAUUUCCUUCUGGAGAGGCAACCUGGCCAAUGUCAUCCGGUACUUCCCCACCCAGGCCCUCAACUUUGCCUUCAAGGACAAGUACAAGCAAAUCUUCCUUGGGGGUGUGGACAAGCACAAGCAGUUCUGGCGCUACUUUGCAGGCAAUCUGGCCUCUGGGGGUGCUGCAGGAGCAACUUCUCUCUGCUUUGUAUACCCUCUGGAUUUUGCCAGGACCAGGCUAGCCGCUGAUGUGGGCAAAGGGCUGAACGAGAGGCAGUUCACUGGGCUGGGCAACUGUAUUGCCAAGAUCUACAAAUCUGAUGGUCUUAAGGGUCUCUACUUGGGAUUCAAUGUGUCAGUCCAGGGCAUCAUUAUCUACAGAGCAGCUUAUUUUGGCAUCUAUGACACAGCUAAGGGGAUGAUGCCUGAUCCAAAGAAUGUGCAUAUUGUGGUCAGCUGGAUGAUUGCCCAGACUGUUACAGCAGUAGCAGGGCUGGUGUCCUACCCCUUUGACACUGUUCGACGUAGGAUGAUGAUGCAGUCUGGCAGGAAAGGAGCUGAUAUCAUGUACAAGGGCACAAUUGACUGCUGGAAGAAAAUAACUAAAGAUGAAGGAGGGAAGGCGUUCUUCAAAGGUGCCUGGUCCAAUGUGUUGAGAGGCAUGGGUGGUGCUUUUGUAUUAGUCUUGUAUGAUGAGAUCAAGAAAUAUGUCUAAGAAUCAAACUACUGGAUUCAAUAGUUCUCUUUUUUUUAAACUUAUCUACAUGUGAUUUAAUGGGCAACAAAAUAUUUCCUAGGGAAACAGAGAUGGGUAUCAGGGGUCAAAUCCAGUUCAGAGAUCAGGUUGCUAUAUUGUAAGGCUGAGCAAUGGUUGCCCAUUAGGUCAUAGUUUAAAUUUUUGUAUGGAAAAUUCAAGAGGCCUAUGUAUAUAAAAAUAUAUUUGACAAAUAUCCAUAAUAUAUUCCUGUUUAAAGUGCACUUCCUGAAGUCUGAUUGUCACACUAUAUUUAAGCAAUUAGAAAUGUGAAUUCAAUAAAUCUUUAAAUGAAA